GAUUGCACGGGCAUUGGUUGAAAAGAACUCGCGUGUUCCUUCCAUGGCGGCGAGAGGGGGCGAGGCGAGGCCGCCGGCGGUGAAGAUCAUCGAGACGGUGCACGUCGAGGCGGACCGGUCCAGCUUCAAGUCGGUCGUGCAGAGGUUCACCGGGAGGGACGCGGCGGCCGGCGACUGGUCGGACGUGUCGUCCGAGCGAAGACCAAACGAAGCGGCGGCCCAGGGGGCUGGGUCCGCAGGGUACGUGAGCAGACAAGCAGAUCGCCACUCGUGCAAAGAAGAGAGCUGUUGAUAGCCAUCCGUCUAUACUGGCUAUCGCCUCUGUACUUGGUACUGUAUCUAUGUGUAACUAAUUUUUCUCUACCGCGACUGCCAAAUUUGUAUGUUUACUUCGUUGCAGAAAAGAAAAUAUCUACCUACCUUGCCACAUCGAUCCAAAUAUGCAGAAUUG